UGAACUUACAGGGCUUACUUAAGUCCUGGCAAAUCAUAGGUGGUGGAAAUGUCUAUACCAAGAUUCCAAAAAAUAAACUUUGGAACAUAUGAUAAUUACAUUCCAGUCAGUGAAUUAAGCAAAAAAUCAUGGAAUCAGCAACACUUUGCCCUGGUAUUUCCCAAACCACCACGGCCAGGAAAAAAAAGGAGAUCAAAACCAUCUCAACUACGAGACAAUACAGCUCCUAAAUAUGAUGAAGAGAAAUUAAGAGAAGGUCCUAAACGACCGUUAUGGAUGCACAGUUCUUUAAUGAGAAUUUCUGAAAGACCAUCUGAUUAUUUAGCUGCCAGGAUAUGGCCCCAACAUAAACCAACCCAUCACCCCAAGGAGGUUGCUAAAGUAGCAGAUGUACACAAACCUGUAUCUCCAGCAAGAGGUAAGAAAGAUAAAGAACACAAGAAAGCAGACAAGAAAGACAAAUCAGAAUCAGAAUCAGAAUCAGAAUCCACAGUUUCAAAGGGGCCACUAAUAACUAAGAAGGAGUCAAAGAAAGAUAAGGAUAUAGAAACAGGAACUAAAGAUGAAAAAGAUGUUGCAAAAACAGAUGUCAAAAAAGAGAAGAAACAUACAAAGAAGGGUAAGGAGUCAGCUACAGCAUCUGAAGAGGAACAAAAAGGUGCAAAAAAAGAUACCAAAAAAGAAAGAAAGGAUUCAAAGAAGGGUAAGGAGUCAGGUACAGAAUCUGAAGGUGAAAAAAAGAAUUCAAAGAAAGAUGCCAAGAAAGAUAAGAAAGAUUCAAAGAAGAGCAAAGAAUCAAGUAUAGAAUCUGAAGAUGAAAAGAAAGGUGCCAAGAAGGAUAAGGAUGGGAAAAAAGAUUCAAAGAAACCGGGAGAAAAAGAUGAUGAGUCAAAAGACAAGAAAGAAUCCAAGAAAGAUGCAAAGAGAAAGGUGAGUAAAAAAGAGAAGAAAGAUGAAAAGCCCAGUGGGACAGAUACUGAAUCAAAAGAUGAUGCCAAGAAAGAAGCCAAGAAGAAUGCCAAGAAAGAUGGCAAGAAAGAUGCCAAGAAAGAUACUGACACAGAAUCUCCUGAUGCAAAGAAGGAUGCAAAGAAGGAUACAAAGGAUGCAAAGAAGGAUGCAAAGAAGGAUGCAAAGGCAAAGAAAGGCAAGUAGGCCUUGGAUAAAAUUCAAAAGCAUGUUCAAUAAAACAAUUUUAGCAAUCUGAUACCAAAUCUAUGAGUGACAGGGGGCCUGAAAGAAUCAAAUAAUUUUUAAAAUGGAGCAAAGAAGAAUACAAAGAAAGACUCAUAAAAUCAUAAAAAUAUAAAGAAGAAAAGAAAAAUUAAGAGAUGAUUCAAUGAAGAACUUGGAGGAUACAUAUGCUAAGUUUGGGGAUAUGAAGGAUUCAAUGAAAAAUCCCUAGAAAUGUUCAAAGAAGAAUAUUCAAAUCAGGAUGUAGAAGUUAAUGACACUGGAUCUGUGGAUAGCAAAAAA